AUGGCUGAAAGCUUAAGUCCACCGGCCCCGAAGAAACCUAAAAUUAUAGAAGAAAAUAGCCUGAGCAUGAUCAAAUCCAUAUUGCCAGACGAUUUAACCCAACCAGUCCAACUGGUAGAUGUUUAUGCUGGCCGAAUUGAAGAUAACCCAAGUAUAUCGAAACUGAUCCCUGAGCUCAACCGGUGCUUGAAAAUCCCAGGGCUGCAGCAUCUUAAACGUGUCGGACGUGACGGGACAAUUAUAUUGGCGGAAGCUUCGGAGCUAGAACAACUGCUGAAGCGUGAAGGGUACGUCGUCAGCGGAGACAAUAGCCUAUCUAGCGAAGAUAUUCAAAUUGGAAUCGCUAAAUAUUUCCAGCGGAAUAACGUCAACGAUAGUUUGGUGAAAAGUAUCUGCACAACUGUUGCCAUAAAGAAAGUUGCACGGUGCCAGCCGAAGCUGAAAUGGCAGUAUGACGAUGCUAAUAAGCAUUGGCCAUGUAAAUUUCAUCCGAACAAAUAUUCGGAAAAUUUGUACGCAAACAUGGUUUUCAGCGAUAACGAAAAAACGUUUCACACUCGGAUCAUGGCUGCUUGUCUCUUUUUGGCACGCCAGUUCGCAAACAAUCCAGCCGGCAUAUGUGUUAAUCCCAAACUGAGACGAAUUGCGGCUGUCGGGAUGGGUAAAAGCGGUGAACAUCCGAUGAUGCAUUGUCCUAUGGUGUUAAUUGAUAAUGUAGCUGUCUCCCAAAAUGGUGGCAUUUGGCAUAACAGUCGUGAGCAUUCAACUUCGGUUGAUAGCGAGCAUGGCUUUAUCCUCGGCGGAAUCGACCCAGAACACAUGCGACUACUGAAAGAUGAAUUUACCGAUCUAAAAUUCGGAGCUCAACCAAUAAAACCGAUUGAAAGCAUCAAUCUGGACGACAUUUCUCCACACGAGGAUAAUUUGGCCAAGUACGGGCCUUACCUCUGCACGGGGUUAUAA